AUUGUUUCUUGUUUUAAAACUCUCUUUUUGUUUUUUCCCUCAUCUUUUUUUUCAACAAGAUGACUAUUGUCAAUUUAGAUUUAAUUCAAGUAUAUUCAGAAGGAAUUAAGGCUUGGUUUGCAGAUGAGGAACUUGGUUGGGUUUCAGCUUCUGUUAUUUCAAAAGAACAAGACACCAAGACAGUAAAGAUAUUAUUCCAGGAUGAUGAAAACACUGAAAAAGUGCACACGUUUGAGGCAAAGUUAACAGAUAUUGAAUCAAACAAAAUUAGUCUACCACCACUUCGAAACCCUCCCAAGAUGGAGAACACGGAUGAUUUGACCAACCUCAGUUAUCUCAACGAGCCUUCAGUGUUAAACACCAUCAAAACUCGUUAUGAUGAAAAGAAUAUUUACACUUACUCCGGUAUUGUUUUGAUUGCCACAAAUCCUUUUGCCCGUGUACCUUUAUAUGAACCCGAGAUCAUUCAAAAAUAUUCUGGAAGUAGAAGAGGUGAACUAGAACCACAUUUAUUUGCUAUUUCCGAGGACGCUUAUAGAUGCAUGAUCAGAGAUAAUAAAAAUCAAACAAUCAUUGUAUCAGGAGAGAGUGGUGCUGGUAAAACAGUAAGUGCAAAAUACAUUAUGCGUUAUUUUGCUACAGCAGACGAUAAAGAGGCUUCGGGAAAGGAAGCCAAGGGCGAAUCCAUGACAGAAGUAGAAGAACAGAUUUUAGCCACCAAUCCUAUUAUGGAAGCAUUCGGUAACGCAAAAACCACAAGAAAUGACAACUCUUCAAGAUUCGGUAAAUAUAUUGAAAUCCAAUUUGACAACCAGCGUAAUAUUGUUGGAGCCAGAAUCAAGACUUACUUGUUGGAAAGAUCUCGUCUCAUCUUCCAACCCGAAACUGAAAGAAAUUAUCACAUCUUUUACCAGUUGUGUGCAGGUGCCAGUCAGAGCGAGAAAAAGGAGUUGGCCCUUAAGGAAUGGUCCGAAUUUCAUUUCUUGAACCAAAGUGGUACUGGUGUCAUUCCCUCCGUUGACGACGCACAGGAAUUUGCAGAUACACGUACCGCAUUAAAUACGAUCGGUAUCCACGAAGAAACACAGUCGGCUAUCUUCCGUCUUUUGGCCGCUCUUUUACAUUUAGGUAACAUUGAUAUUGGCGGUAAAAACGAUGCUACUUUAGCAGAUAGCGAACCUUCCUUGGUCAAGGCUACAGAGUUAUUAGGCUUGGAUAAUUCCGAGUUCAGAAAAUGGAUUGUUAGAAAACAAAUCGUGACUCGAUCAGAAAAAAUCGUGACCAAUUUAUCUCCUACCCAAGCUCAAGUUGUGCGUGAUUCAGUGGCCAAGUACAUUUAUGCCAAUUUGUUUGAUUGGCUUGUGAGUGUCAUCAACGAGAGUCUGUCUUGUCCCGAUAUUGAUUCAGUUGUCAACUUUAUUGGUGUGCUUGAUAUCUACGGUUUUGAGCAUUUCAAGAAGAACUCUUUUGAACAAUUCUGUAUUAAUUAUGCCAACGAAAAGCUCCAACAACAAUUCAAUCAACAUGUAUUUAAAUUAGAGCAAGAGGAGUAUAUUCGAGAGCAAAUCGAUUGGAAAUUUAUUUCGUUCAGUGAUAACCAAAAGUGUAUUGAAAUGAUUGAAGCCAAGAUGGGUAUUCUUUCACUCUUGGAUGAAGAAUCUCGUUUACCUUCUGGUUCAGAUCAAGGUUUCUGUAAUAAGCUCUAUCAAAAUUUCAAUGCUACACCUCAAUAUCAAGAUUACUUUAAAAAACCCAGAUUUUCAAACGACGCUUUUGUGGUUGCACAUUAUGCUCAUGAUGUCCAAUAUGAAGCAGAGGGUUUCAUGGAUAAGAACAAGGAUACCGUCCCCGAUGAACUUUUGAGCUUACUUCAAGCUUCCAAAUCCACUUUCUUGGCAGAAAUGAUUCAAUUGGCUACACCCGCCACUCCCGUAGUGGAGCAGACACCUAAAAAAGCAAUGAAUCAAGCAAAGAAAGCUACCUUAGGUUCCAUUUUCAAGUUGUCAUUAAUUAAUUUGAUGGAUACAAUUGGCGAAACCAAUGUUCAUUAUAUCCGUUGUAUUAAACCUAACGAAGCCAAGGUAGCCUGGGUCUUCCAAUCCAACAUUGUUCUUUCUCAGCUUCGAGCCUGUGGUGUGCUAGAGACAAUUCGUAUCAGUUGUGCAGGUUAUCCUACACGUUGGACCUUCCAAGAUUUCUCAGAACGUUAUCACGCCUUGAUUCCAUUUGCCCUUUGGGAUCCCAAGAAGAUGCCUGAUACCAAGACCAUCUGUUCUGAAAUUUUAAACACCAACAUCAAGGAUACCGAUAAGUACCAAGUGGGUCUGACCAAGAUCUUUUUCCGUGCAGGCCAGCUUGCUUACAUGGAGAAAUUAAGAUCUGAUCGUCUGAGCCAUUGUGCUGUCUUGAUCCAAAAGAACGUGCGUCGUUUCCUUGCUCGUCUUCGCUACUUGCGUAUCCAAAAGAUGGCUACCCUGUUGCAAGCCAUUGCAAGACAAAGAGUGGCUAAGCGUGAAAUGGAUUUAUUGCGCAAGGAAAGAGCUGCGGUUGUCAUCCAAAAGAACUGGAGAAGAUACAUUGCCCGAAAGAAGUAUUUAAAGACACGUGCAUUUAUCAUUCAAACACAAGCAGUGCUUCGUGGAGCCAUUGCUAGAAAGAGACAUGCGGAGCUAAAGAAGACGCAUGCAGCGGUUCUUAUUCAAAAGAUGACUAGAGGAUGGAUCGCCCGUAAAAAAUACCAGGCUACACGAAAGUAUAUUAUUUCUAUCCAAACGUGCGUGCGACGUCGACAUGCUCGACGCCAGUUAGUUGUACUUCGAGCUGAAGCCCGAUCUGUCAGUCAUUUGAAGGAAGCGUCAUAUAAAUUAGAAUCACGCGUAGUCGACUUGAUUGAAAACUUGACACAACAACGAGAAGAGAAAUCACGUCUCAAGCUGAAGGCUGUUGAAUUGGAGAACCAGGUUCGCUCUUGGAUUCAAAAGUAUGACAGAAUGGAUCAAAAGGCAAAGGACCUCGAGGGAGUGGUUGGAAAACCUCUACAGACUACAACCGACCAUUGGUCCACCUUACGUACACAACGUGAUACCCUUCAGACGGAAUAUGUAAACUCUCUUAACAGGAUCAAGUCACAAGAUAAAGAGUUGAUGCGUCUCAAAGAAGAAUUAAUUCAUCAGCGUGAUGAUGUCUCUCGAUUAAGAGUGUCUUCUAGAAACAGCAACGGCUUCAAGAAAUCUUCCGAGUCGGAUAUCAGUGAACUCAAAAAUCAAAUAUCAGCUUUAAAGGCAGCAACUGAGUAUAAACUUUUUGCACAAUGAUUAAUGAAAUACCAAAGUGUCUCCCUCCCCUCCACACCCCCAUCCCUUCUUUGUUUACAUUCAUAUAUAAUACAGUCUUUCCGCCGUCAAUUGGUCGCUUUUUUUUUUAUUUUUUUUUUU